GUCUCUACAAUUCAAUUUUGAGUUUACUUUGUCAGCCUGAACUCAAUCUAACUCCUUUUAUAUGUAUAUAUACUCAUACUUUACACACAAAUAUAUAGCAAGCCAAACAGGGUAUUAGACUAUUAUACCAAAGUUGGCAACUAAGAAUAUUUCAAGAAAAAAGUAGUAAAUUUUCAAUCUUUGACAAAUUUGAGCUAUUUAAGCAAUUGGGUGAUCUUUAUUUUGUGAUUUUAUUUGUGGGUUUUUAUGAAAUGGAGCUUGAAUUAGGGCUAACUCUCUCAAAUACUCCUCCAAAGAUCCCAAUUUUGAAGGAGUUGGAUUUGAUUAGUUUUGUUAAUUGCAAGGGUAAACAAGUUUAUGAGGAGGAUAAUUGUAGCACUUUGUCUUCCCAAAGUAGUGUUAUUGGUGGUGAUUAUGGUGAAGAAGAAGUAAUUAAUGAUGGGUUUUCUCAAUUCAAGGAAGAUAAUAAUAAGAACAAGAAGAAAAGAGUUUUUGAUGAAAUAUUUGAAGUGGAAAGUUGUAUUGUUUCUAUGUCUAAAACUCUCCCUCUUUUCCUUUGGGAUAAACACCCAAAUGAGGAUCAUCAACAACCUAAAAGGCUAUGCAAUUCCUCUUCUUUCAUCAUCAACAAAAUUGAAGAUGAUUCCAUUGUAGGAUGGCCACCAAUUAAAUCUUACAGAAAAAGGCUUAAUGAUCAAUACCGUCACCAACAACGCCGCCACGAUCGGAAUUUUCCAGCAAUGGAAAAUGGCGGAAGAGGCGUUGUUUACGGCAGAUCAAGGUCAAUGUUCGUCAAAGUGCAAAUAGAAGGUUUUUUCAUUACAAGGAAGAUUGACUUGAAGCUUUAUAACUCUUAUCAAGCUCUCAUAUCUAGUUUGCUUACUAUGUUUGCCAAAGGGCAAGAAAGCAUGGAUGAUUAUGAGCUUACUUAUCAAGAUAUAAAUGGUGAUUGGCUACUUGCUAGAGAUGUGCCAUGGAGGUAUUUCAUGGACUCGGUUCAACGACUCAAGUUAAGGAGAAGAGAUGAUUAAUCACGUGAAUGGAAGAAACUUAAACAUGGUUGAAAUAGUAAUUAUAAUUAGUAGAAUUAAUUACCUAAAGAGUUGUUUGGAGAGGUGUUUAACGUAAUUAAAUUAAAUGUGUGUUGUAAUCUUGCUCCAAAUGAUUUUACUGUAAUAUAUUUAAAUAGUUUGAUGCUGCAAUCAGAUUUUGUUUGUUGAUCAUGUACAUGAAAUUGCUCUAGUUAGCACGCAACAUAGUUUACUUGUGUUUAUUAGCAUAGAGGAUCUAGUAUAUUUCAUUCGUUUAGAAAUACUUGCUACAUUUUUGUUAAGCGCACUAUUUAUCUUUUAAACUUAUUUUAUAUAUUGCGACUAAUGUGUAAAUAAAAAUAUAGUCA